ACCCAAUUAAUUUUGAUAAUAUGAAGUUGUGAGCUUCUUGCACUUCGUAAGGAUCUUCUGAUGAUAAAGAAUUAGCUAGCAAAUCAUGCAAAGCUGCUAACAACUCUACAUUAACUAUCCUUUUCCUUCUUCCUUUUCUGUGUCAUUUUUUUCUCUCUCUAGAUCACUACUCUCUAAAUUCUCCUCUAUAUAUACCCAGAACCCAUGGUACUCAACUUUCAUAACUAAACGGCCAGGAGAAUUGAGAUAGUCUCCUCUCACUUCUUCAGGUUUGCUUGAGUGGUAAACAGAGCAAAACAAUGUCUGUGUCUAUGCUCUCUGUCAUGUUUCUUUCACUUUUUGCCUUUGCUCCAAUAUGCUUCUCCCACAAGACCAAUGGUGGUUAUCUGUAUCCACAGUUCUAUGACUACUCGUGCCCGAAAGCCGAAGAGAUUGUGAAGUCAAUUGUUGCACAAGCUGUUGCAAAAGAGACUAGAAUGGCUGCUUCAUUGCUUAGGCUCCAUUUCCAUGACUGUUUUGUUAAGGGCUGUGAUGGAUCAAUUUUGUUAGACAGUAGUGCUACCAUUACCAGUGAGAAGUUAUCUAACCCAAACAGGAACUCAGUUAGAGGAUUUGAAGUCAUUGAUCAGAUAAAAUCAGCACUAGAGAAAGAAUGCCCUGGAACUGUGUCCUGUGCUGAUAUAUUGGCUAUUGCUGCUAGAGAUUCUACUGUCCUGACUGGUGGUCCUAGUUGGGAAAUACAACUUGGAAGAAGAGACUCUAGAACUGCAAGCUUCAGUGGUUCUAAUACUGGCAUUCCUGCACCAAACAACACAUUCCAGACUAUCCUUACUAAAUUCAAGCUUCAGGGUCUCAACAUUGUUGAUCUUGUCGCUCUCUCCGGGAGCCACACUAUAGGAAAAUCAAGAUGUACCAGCUUCAGGCAGAGGCUCUAUAAUCAGUCAGGCAAUGGGCAGCCAGACUACUCACUUGACCCAUUAUAUGCUGCAGUAUUGAGAACCAGUUGCCCAAGAUCUGGUGGUGAUCAAAACCUGUUCUUCUUGGACUUUGUUAGCCCAACAAAGUUUGAUAAUUUCUACUUCAUAAACCUCUUGUUUUACAAGGGUCUGCUAAAUUCUGAUGAAGUGCUCUUUACAAAGAGUAAAGAAGCAAUGGAGUUGGUGAAGGAAUAUGCUCACAACAAUUGGCUUUUCUUCGAGCAAUUCGCAAAAUCCAUGGUUAAGAUGGGAAAUAUCUCUCCAUUGACAGGAUCAAGAGGGGAGAUUAGAAAGAACUGCAGGAGAGUCAACAGUUAUUAAGCAAUAGAUGGAACCAUUAUGUGUUACUGUUAUUCAAAAGGCCUUCAUUGAAAUAUCAUGAACAGUUCCUGUAGGUUGAGCACAUUUUCCGCGUAAAUAUAGAAUAACGGGAACAUUUAAAUAAGUUUGAUUCUUUAUCGGAUUGUAAAAAUUCUGUAUUACUGUAAUUCUGGCUAUUAGUUGGGUGUGGUUGUAAUUUAUAGCUUUAGGGGAUAUUGUCUCCUCCUAAUAAUGUGAUAAAAUUUGAGUUCUUGUUCAAA